GGCUCUUUGACAAUUUUCCCCAGAUCUACUGGAACUUUAAGUUUAUAGGGCACUAUAGGGAUUAGGGAUGCCGCGGAGCGCUAACUUAAGCCUAUCCGACACGGCCACAGAUCUCACUAACUUAGGCUCUCGGACAACAAUCACUUCUUGAGUCUUGACACCUGCACCUAGACUGCCUCAUUCGACAAUCAACAUGAGACAACCAUAGCAGUCAAGGCAGGACCUGUUUACACUGCACCCAGCAUGUCAACAACAGGUCUCUUCCUCAUUCCAAUCCCUCCCAACCAACAAUCCCCAGCGUCGAACCUGAUCUCAUAUAUUUCUCGCUCAGUCCGUGCGGACCUUCUACCGCCCUUCUACCUCGAUCAUCGGCUGUUCGUCGAUACGUCCUCACUGCUCCCGAACACAGACCUGUCCCAGCGCAAAUUCACGAGCAUACUGACGCUGUCACACACUCCGUCGAGCACAUUCGUUGGCACGUCCCUGCCAAAGGACAAAUCCGAACCUGCAGAACAAGCCUCUCCUGUGACGCUGAUUACCAUCCCUACCUCUGCGGCCGACACAUUCACCCAGCUCAUUGGCACGAAACUGCAACCUCAAUGGGCGCAUCGACAAUCCCUGGUUGUGGAGAAUGGCACGACCUUGUCCGUAAAAGAUGGGUACCUGAUCGUCCGUAUCGGUGACCUGAAGACACCCAGUCGCGCAAACCAGCCCAGCACUCUUCGAGCCAUGGCGUUGGAAAUCACAUUUAAAACGAGGGCAGAUGUCGCUAGUGGUGGAAACAGUGUUAUUAGCGCAGCGGACGAAACAUUGAUUCGAAAAUUCAGUGAAUCCAUGGUCCAAGGAGCCGGCAUCUCCGUGGGAAAUAGCCGUUCAUUGUUCCGCAACACCUUGCAAGUGCCCAAGAGCGGACCGACUGCUGAUACGGUAGACUGGGAUCUCGCCGAGCUCUAUAUGGACAUGCUUCGCGGUAACAGAGCCUGAGCAGAAAUCGAGUGGUGGCCGAGAUAACCCAUGGUCCUGAUCUUCGCUACCAUGGAAGUAUUGAUGUCCGUCAGACACGACUCUGAGGGGCUCUUUGAUGCAUAGCCAACAUAAUUUGCAGGUAAGCCUGUUUGCCGCAUGCGAAAAUUAUGAACAGCGUCCCUGAGGAGAACCUAGGACACGUUCGAUUAUCGCUACAAUGCGUCAAGUAGCAAUAUCAGCCUUCGGCGCGUCCGGAUUGAACGUAUUCCUCGAAUGCAUUCAAUUGAAUGUGGCAAUCAGAGCAUAGGCAGAU